AUGGCAGCUACCACAAAGUCAAACAACGUCGUGAUGGACGAUCAAAGGAAAAAGGUUGUCCGUGACCUAUUACUUGGUAAUCUAAAGCCAUCACGUCUUAGCAAGCUAUCACCCGAACUGAUCAUAAUGAUCAUGGAGAGUCUUUUCGACAACGUUAUGGUCUUCCCGGACUAUCCCGACAUUAUCAAAGCUUUGGAUGCAAAGUCAGAAGCGACAGCAUUUCACUACACCGUGGAGACUUUCAUCAGACAUGCUAAAAGAGCUAGACUUAACCACGGCUCUGUCAAUCAAUUCCCCAAGCUUCUUGAACCCGAACAUCAUGUUGAUGGCGAAUUCAAGGUAAAUUCUAUGGAUAAAUUUGGAACAAAAAUUCAGCUACAAUUCAUGUGCGAGUCUUUUGGACUUCGCUUCUAUGAUUUGUAUAUCACAGAUCUUUGCUUAGACUUCAGUAAGCUCAACAAAACGAAGUUGGCUGAGUUCAAGGAUGCAUUGACAUCGGACAAAAACUUCGGCUUGAAACCAUAUUUUGUGCAUCUCGCAAGCCGACUAAAGAGAUUGGCUGUGAUAAGGGGACAAUUUACCUUUGGGACAACGAAAUUUCAAAUCGCUUGCAUCUUGCAAUUCUUAAGACAUUCUAAGCAGCUCACCGCGUUCAGAAUCAUCGAUACACCCUCCAAUGAUAAGGUCGCAUAUAUGAACGACUACGAUGAUUCCAUGUGCGCACUUGUACGUGGUAUUAGUUCUAUCUUCGAUCUCAAUUCCCGUAGAACUGAGGGCGUGUAUUAUGAGACAUCGGUAGACGAUUCUGGUAUUUCCCAAAGCCUCAGGUCGUAUAAAUUACCGGCAGAAGAUCCUCCCAUCUUCCGCCAAGUAACUUUUAGGUGGAUUGCGACUGAAGGUUUGAAGGCAGAUGUUUCUAAAAUUGAUCAAUUGGAGCCAUUAUUCAACGAAAGGAGAUAUGAAAAGCAGAAAUAUCAUGGCCACACCGAAGAUACUUUCGCCAGAUACUGUCGACCAUCCAUCAAGAGAGUGUUCUGUUAUGGAGAGUCCUUGUGUGGGGGAGUUUAUUUCAAUAUUUGUCAUGGGUGUGGACCUAAUGAAAUAAUAUUACCAUAA